GCUCCGGCUGCGGCCAUGGCGGCGCCGCCGCGCUCCUUCAGCGCCGCCGAGGUGCGGGCGCGCUGCGCGCAGGGCGCCUGCCUGGUGCGCUGCCGCCGCCGCCUCUACGACCUGAGCGCCUUCGUGCGGCUGCACCCGGGCGGCGAGCAGCUGCUGCGGCGCCGCGCCGGCACCGACGUGAGCGCCGCGCUGGACGGGCCGCCGCACCGGCACUCGGCCAACGCCCGCCGCUGGCUGGAGCAGUACUACGUGGGCGAGCUGGAGCCCGCCGCGCAGAACCUCCUCGAGGAAGAGAGGCCGGCAGAUGUGGCGGCUCAGACGACAAACAGGAUGGAUCCGCGGUGCAAAACGGUGGAUCUGGACAAGGACUUGGUGGACUGGCGCAAGCCCCUGCUGUGGCAGGUGGGCCACCUGGGUGAGAAGUACGACGAGUGGGUGCACCAGCCUGUGGAUCGGCCCAUCCGCCUCUUCCACUCGGACUUCAUGGAGGCCCUCUCCAAGACGGCGUGGUACGUGGUCUUCAUGGUGUGGACUCCCGUGGUGCUCUAUCUCAGCUGGGUCAGCUACACGUCCCUGGCUCAGGGCAACACCAGACUCUUCUCCUCCUUCACAACAGAGUACUCCAUCCCCGUGCACAAAUACUGCUUCCCCUUCAUCUUCCUCCUGGGGAUGUUCCUGUGGUCCCUGAUAGAGUACCUCAUCCAUCGCUUUGUCUUCCACAUGAAGCCACCUGCUAGUAACUACUAUCUCAUCACCCUGCAUUUCUUGUUGCAUGGCCAGCACCACAAGUCUCCCUUUGACAGCUCCCGCCUGGUCUUCCCUCCCGUGCCGGCGUCGCUGGUGGUGGUCGUCUUCUACUGGCUCCUCCGCGUCCUGCUGCCUGAGGUGCUGGGGCUCUCCAUGUUCGUCGGCGGGCUCUGCGGCUACGUGGUCUACGACAUGAUGCAUUAUUACCUCCACUACGGCUCGCCAAAGAAAGGCACCUACCUGUACGGGCUGAAGGCUUAUCAUGUAAAGCACCACUUUGAACACCAAAAAUCAGGCUUCGGCAUCAGCACCCGCUUCUGGGAUUACCCCUUCCAGACGCUCAUCCCCGAGGAGACCUUUGAGAAAGAGGACUGACGGCCCCAGCGUGGCGCCCGGCUCGCUCGCUGCUGCUCACCCGCCCCACCAAGAUGGGGCUCGCGUGCUCCCCCGGCAUGAUGAGGCGCCCUGCAGCCGGCCCCCCUGAGCGGGGCUGGCCCUGCCUCUCCUUCCUUCCUUCCUUCCCAAGGCUGGAUGGAGACGGUCAUGCCGGGGUGCCCCUGGCCUCCGGCCCACCCGCGGCGGUGCCACCGAAACCCAGGAGCUGCCGGAGAGCGGGCGGCCCUGGGUUUCCUAGCGCGGGCUGUGCUAGGGACCCGGCUGCCCUGGCACGGUGGCAGCAUCGGCCCGGGGAGCUGGGAGCUGCUCUCGCCAGGGGUCCCGCGGAGCCAGCGGGGCGAUACCGUGCUGCCGCGGCCUUGCGCCAUCUCGCAUCUUUACCCCUUCCGGCCGCUUCUGCGCUGGCACCGGGGAGGAGGAGCUGGCAAGACUGGGCUCGGCGAGGCUUCCCCCGGGGCCGGGCGCUCGCCGCGGUUCUCCUGCUCCGCAUGAAUCCCCAGGGCUGCCCUCUCCCCGCGCACGGGCGGCUCUGGCGCUCGGGCCGGCUCCCGCACCGGCGUGCCCCCAGCCCUCUGCUUCCCGCCCGCCCUCCUCUCUGGUGCCACUGAUGCGCAGGCAGCUCUGCGGCCCGGCAGCUGCCCGAGAGAUGAAGUGCCAAAUGCUUCUUGCUCGCCAGCCUUCCCUCCUCUGCCUCGCGCCUCUCUGCAGCCUCCCGGGGCCGGUUUCCUCCUCGCUGUGCACCAAAGCCUCUCGCCCGGCGCUGGGGCGAGCAAAGGCGGCCGGGGGGCACCGGGAAUCCCACCCUCGGGAGGCACCGGCAGCCCCCUGCCCCUGCGGGAUGGACACUUCUGGGUGCUCGCUGUGCCCCGGGGCCGGGUACCCUCCCGGAGACGUACAGCACUCUGCGUUUCACAGCAUCGCUUAACUCUCCGAGGGGCUUUCAUAUCUCGGGUCAGCUGAAAAGCCAACUUCUCUCCUUGCUCCCAGCACAGGGUUUUCUGGGACCUGCCGCCGUCGGGGUGGGGAUGUCGCAGGUCUGUAUUUUGCCUUUUUCUAACCAGCGCACUGUAUCUCUAUACCAGAUUUAUCACGUUAAUGUUUUUUGUAGACAUUGACUACUUGAAACUCAAACUCCAAUGAACAGAAUUGCUAAGAGAUGCCUUUUUUGCUGAUCCUGUGAUUUAUUUUUUUUUCUAAUGUUUACUGCAGAUAUUUAAAGGUUUGGAAUAAGGUUGUAUGUAAAACUGUGGGCAUCACAAUUGUAAAUAAACUGUAUAUUUUGAAAAAUAAAACCUUUUAAAAAGGG